AUGUUUGGCGGCGGGCAAAAUGCUUUCGCGGGUGCUCUAGGGAUGGGAUCUGGCGAUGCAAUGCAGCAGUUUGGGAAUGGCAACGUCGGCGGUGGAAGUGGCGCCGAUGCUCACACCCAGGGAAGCGCUCCGGAUUUCGGUCAGAUGGGUUUCGGCGGAGGCGCAGGAAUGGGCAUGGGAGCAAACAUGAGCGGUAUGAAUGCUCCGCAGCAAUCCUUCAACUUUGACCUUGCCACCAACUCUGGCGGACUCAAUCCCGCGAUGCUUGCAAUGCUGCAACAAGCGCAGUCCUCUUCGAGCAAUGUGGGCAACGUGCAGCAGAACGGAAUGCCGUGGGCCAACAUUCAGGGUAUGAGUUUAGGCGGUUUUCCAAGCGGCAACGCGCAACAGCUGGGUGGUCACCAGCAGCAGCAGCGACAGUCACAACUUAAUCAUCAGCAAGCACCACAGGCAAACAAUGGCCAGCAUGGCCAGCAGAACAAUCCCUUCGCUACGCAGGCUCCGCAGACUCCCAAUCAGUCAGGCCAGAUUCAGGGCGGUCCGAACACGAAUUUCAACUUUGGCCAACAGCCCAACGGUCCUUUCAAGUUCGGAGGUGCUCAAAUGUCUCUGCAAGGCCCUGGACAGUCAGCACAGAGUCAACAGCAUGUGCAGUCGCCUGUAUCGAUGCUCGGCUUCCCUGGCGACAACACCGGCGGCAUGUUUCCUCCUCACUUCAUGAAUGGCAUGAUGAGCAGCAUUGGACCGGGCUCGGGAGCACUUCAAAGCCAAGCCGGGUUCCCCAGCCCCGGUAAUGGCAUGAUUCCGUCCCAAAUGCACCAGCAGGCUAGCAACAUGCCGCGCUUUGGCCCAAACAACGGCGCACCGAAUGGUCUCCCUGCUCAUCUCAACAAUGCGAUGUCCUCGCCGAGCAGCUCCACAGCCGAAGGAGGCGCCGACGGCAAGGGCAAGCGUGGCGGUGCUGCGAACUCCAAGAAGAAGAAAACCGGCGCCAAAGGUCCCCAGUCUGCGGCUGGAUCUCCUCCGCCGGGCGGAAUGGCGCCCGCUGGAGGUGUGCAAGCGUUGAACAGCGAGCGGUCACGCAGCCACACUCGAAGUCCUUCCGUAUCGGGUGCCUCAGUCAGCAGUAUGCACCAUCCACAAGGGCCGCCGAACGCUGCAAGGCCGCCCGGAACUCCUAUUCAAGGUCAACAUGGCCAAAGUGGUUUGCAAGCGCCUCCGACUCCCUUCUCACAGCUGUCAGUGCCAAGUCAGACGACGGAAUCGCAUAUGGGCCCAGGCGUCAAUGGCCCUCGUAUGUUGCCUCCAACCGCUUUGAACUGCCCUCCCGGAUGGCAGCCCUCAUUGGGCCCCCAGCAGCAGCAGCAAAUAUUGACGCAGGCCAUGCACACCUCGAAACAGCGAUCAGCGCAAGGCCAAGAGUUGCCUGCUGGCGCCGUACUUCAGCAGCUUGGCUUCAUCUUCGUCCGGGCGAAUCAGCUCCCUGCUCAUGUGCAGCUAUCCGCUUUCAAUGGUGGAGGUGCAGUGCUUAGCCUCACAGAGGCUCAGACGAUAGGACUGCUCCCCCCAGCGAAUCAGGCUGCACACGGCUCGACUGAAGGCGCCGCCGCGCUCUUGGGAUCUGGCGGCACAGGCGCGCCUCCGCGGACUCCGCAGCAGCAACAUGCUAUGCCUCCUCCGCAACAUUCAAUGCGUCCCUCGCCCUCGGGAGCUCCUGGUAUGAAUCAGAUGUCCUCAUCGCCCUUCGCGACGCCACUCAGCCCCUUUGCCAUUGCGAGUCCUGCAAUGAGCGCUGCAGUACCUCCCAGAGCCAGACAAGCCUCGCAAUUUGGCCAGCGGCGCCCUGCAUCCCGCGAUGGUGCCGCAGACUCAAAUGCACGAAACGCGCAGAUGGCGUUAAGCGCAGGUUCUAGCGGGCACGCACGAAGGUCGAGCACCGCCACCAAUGGUGACGAUCUUGGACUGAACGACUUGAAUGGGGCAGGGCCUUCUCGCGGCUCCGCACCUGGCGUGCCUCGGCCGUCCGUGCAGCCCGCACCGCCUACGGACCUCAAAGCUGGGCUUGCACCGCAGCGGCCAGCGUCGCCUCCUCGGGGCCCACCUCUGCCACCGAUUCACGGUGGCGCCUUGCCAAAGACGACGAAGGGCGGACACGAAGUCGUCGAAUACAACACUCGACUAACGCCUCUGCCCCCGCUUCCAGACAAGCCGUCAGCAGAGGAAGCAAAGGCUUUGACAGACGUGUGGAAGCCGUUGACCGAAGAGGAGGAGAGGGAUUUGUUGGGAGUGAUGAAGCGCGAUCACGAGUAUACCAAGGACAUCCAUCAGCUUGGGCGUCGACAAGCCACCACGUUGCACAAAAGAGCUAGUCAAUUGCGGGCAACAGCGGCGAACUUGCAUUGGUGGGAACGCAUGGACGGAGAUGUCAUCAAGCACAAGGACUUUGAGAGCUUCCACAUGAUCUUUCCGCACGAAAAAAGGAAAGCCAGAGCCCGACGAGGAAGACAGAUCGGCGGGCCCUUGGCGUCCGGCCUAACUUCCGCGGAGGAUAGGCGGCACUCGCAGCUUGCCGCUGCCAAGCUGGAAGACCUUGUGCCAAUCCGCUUGGAGAUCGAUCACGAGGCAUGGCGCCUGCGCGAUACUUUCACCUGGAAUGCGAGCGAUGCUCACGUUGGGCUAGAUCACUUUGCGCACACUCUUUGUGAUGAUUUUGGCCUGCCGCACCAGGUAUUUGUGCCCGCAAUCAAGUCGGCGAUACAGGCGCAAGUGCAAGAGCAUGUCGCAGCCCAAGCGUUCCUACCCAAGCGACUUGAAGUGUCUUCUGAAGUUGCUAAUGCCGGCAAGAUAGCAACGUCGGGGGAUGACAAGUGGUGGAAGUCUUGGCGACGUGAGGUGGAUCAGCGGGCCUCUGGUCGGGCGGUCAAGCGGCGGAGGCUUUCUGCCACCGGACAUGAACUCGAUUCUGCCUCGCAAACUCGACCUCAUCCUGAUCUUCGGAUAGAGAUCAAGGUGAGUUCAUGUACCGUUGCGUUGCGAGAGAUGCUCUCACCCCCCGCUGACACAUGUCGGCAUAUUUGCGCUCUUAGCUCGACAUCACAGUAGGAGCAAUGAACCUUGUGGAUCGCUUCGAGUGGGACAUAGAAGACGAUGGCACAUCUCCGGAGGCCUUUGCGGAAACAUUUGCUGCUGACCUCGGACUAGCAGGAGAAUUCAAGACGGCCGUGGCGCACUCCAUACGCGAGCAGGUGGAUGUCCACCGGCGAUCCCUUGCCCUUGUCGGCCACGUCUUCGAUGGCAGCGAAGUGCAAGAUGAAGAUUUGCGUGCUGCUUUCCUGCCGCCAUUGACCCUUUCUGCUCGUGGAGAGCAAGAUGCAGAAGGGUUUACGCCUCGUCUCAACCAGCUUAGCGAGGCCGACAUAGAUGCGCUGGAGCGGGAGAGAGAACGCGAAGCUCGAAGAAAGAGGCGCCAGACUCGAGGCCGACGAGGCGUCAAUUUGCCAGAUCGCGAGCCACAAAAGACGCAGAGGACGCCAGCUGUGGGGGGAUUGCAAGCAGUCCAAGUGGCCGCUUUCGAAGCCGCACACGGCGGCGCUUUCGGCACCUCCUCAGAAUUCGGGGCCAGUGGGCGUGGUGAGCGUGGUGGUGGCAUGUCUACAAGGCGGGCAGCGGCACAAGCCAACGCGUCGAUCACAGGCGUUCAUGACGGUCAUGAUUUCUCCACGCCAGCGCCAGAGACCGCUCCCGAUACCACGGCGAAGAGCGUUCGGCUCGAGAGUCACGCUAUUCAUUUUGCGUAUCCCGGAGGCCUCGGAGGCCCUCCAGACUCCGACGGUCCUCGAUUUGCUCCAUCAACCGGAAACGAAACUCGGGCACGCAAGGCAAAAUCGCCAGUGGUCAUCAAUGCCCCCACGCAGCCGCCGGAGCCGCCACCUCUUUCUGCAAAGGCAGCCGCUGCUGCAGCGUUGGCAGCCAAAGACCUUGCUGCACAGCACCCAAACAUUCACGACGGACAGUGGUUCUGCUCCAAUUGUGGCGUCGCUGGAAGCGUGGACACGGGUCGGCGCAAAGGCCCUCUUGGAGAGAAGUCCCUGUGUGGUGUCUGCGGCAAAUACUAUCACAGGCAUCGGAGAGUUCCGACGAUGCACUAUACACGAGACGAGGCGUACCACCGCGGCAAUCAGCACAACAGACGCAAUGUGCGCCACCUCCAAUUGGAUGCUGGAGACGAAGGACCUUCGACGCAGCCCACGUCAUCAGCAGGCACACCCGCUGGCACGACACUGGAGGGCGUGGCCGAGCGAGAAGGCGAAAACGACCACAUGCAGAGCAAUGGAAUUGCGAAAUUAAGCACAAAUGCCGGCGACCUCUCGCAAGACGACGACGAUGACGAUGAAGAGGGAGCUGAUGUGCGUCGCGCUGCCAAUGGUAGACACACAGCUCAGCAUUCGACCCGCGGGAACUCGCCUGAUCUGCCGUUUCUGGUGCAGGUCGGAUCGCCGGACGAAGACUCCGACUCGAGCUCAGACGAGAAGCCCGGUGGCCAAGACGGCGUUUCGAAGCGAGACGGCAGCGCGGUACCAAGGCCUCCGGCGGGAGUCAUUCGAAACGUCUCGCCACUGCGCCAGGAAGCGCUAGGAGGUUCGACUGCGAGCCCCAAGUCUGCCGCGCUUGCGACGAGUCCUCUACCGCCUGCGCUGAAACCGCCCGAGUGGCUUACCGACGCAGCUGUGGCUUUACGCGCUCAGUAUGCUCAGGAUCGCUUUGAGAUUGUGCCCAAGCCGCGCAAAGCAGACGAGCCUGCGCCAGUCAUUCAGGAAUGGCGUGUCAGGUGCAAUGACUGUCCCGGAAAGGUCAGUCGAUGUGAAGGUCGUCGGUGCGACUUGACGCGAAUGGCUGGCUGACUUUGCUUUGAUUGCACGCAGCUGUACACUGCCGGUCCCGAUCAAACGUUGCAGAACUUUUCCAUUCAUCUCAGAAAUCGUCAGCACCGGAAUAACGUGAGUAGGAAGUGCUGGACGUGCGUAAGCGUCUUGGCACUCCGCGUUUGAUCUGACACUUGUUGCUUGAUCCUCUGCAGGUCGCCUCACGGAGAAGUGGAUAA